UAACAUUUGCAUUUCAAUCGUUGAACUCCUUGAGUGAAAUAAUAAAAUAAGAUGCUCAGAGAGAAAAGUUAAUGCUUGAGAUUCAUGUCAUUUUAUUAAAACUGAGUGAGUUUAUUCAAUUGAGUUUAGGGAUCUGAAAGGAAAUUGAAGGUUAUAGGGAACUGGUGCAGAAGAGGAGACGAGGCCUGGGGCACAUCAGCCAGGAUUGUAUUAAAUGAAUGAAACAGUUCAAGAGGAAGAGGAAAAGCAAUUUUACAUUGAAAGAAACGGAAAUCUUACUGAAGGAAGUGAAAGAUAAAAAAGAUAUAAUAUAUACACAGCAACAUGAUGCAGUAACCAAUGAGUUAAAAUGGAUGGCUUGGAAGGAAAUAGCAGAAAAAGUCAGUGCUGCAAGUUGCAGUGAACAACGUACUGCAUAUGAAGUAAAGAAGAAAUAUACUGACUUAAAGUGUUAUUUGAAGAAAAGAGGGGAAUGCUUAGACAGGAUGGAAGCAAUAAUGACUGAGUGUAGCCCUACUUCACUACAUUGUUUUAACCACAAUGUUUUCAAUGGUGGAACAUCUUGUCAUUUUGAAGAUUCUUUAUCGGUCAACGAACCCAAUAGAUCUCUUUGUGUAAUUAAAGUAGAAGGUGCAGACGAUGUAGAAGAGGAAGAACAGGACCCACAAAAUACAGAGAUUAGAAACAUGGAAGAUGAAUCUGGUAUCAUCGCGAGUUCAAUUCCUACUAUUCAGAGAUUGGAAGAAACUGAGAACCUUUCUGAAGUGGAGGGGCAUUCUUCACACUCUGAUCAACCUACAGCAUGGAAUUGCAAUACAGAUGCACUUUUCUUUAUAGAGAAACAGAGGUUAGAAUUGGAGAAACAGCGCGUGGCCCUAGAAUCUGAAAGACUGCAGGUAGAGAAAGAGCGUUUGCAAAUUGAAAAGGAAAAGUUGCGAUAUCUGGAUAUUGCGAAUGAAAGGCUGCAGUUGGAAAAAGUUCGAUUGCAGCUAGAGAAAGAGCGUUUGCAUGUCAAGAGAGAGAAAUUGAAACUAUUAACCAUGCAGGCCAAUAAGUUACCACUGGAGAAGGAAUGUAACUCACUGACUGAAAAUACAACUUUAAAGCCCAUGGAUAUUGAAGCAGAAAAGUUGAAAUUGGAAAGAGAACGAAUACAGCUAAAAAAAGAAAGACUACAGUUCUUGAAUAUUGAGUCUGAAAAGCUGCAGAUAGAGAAAGAGCGUCUGCAAAUUGAAAGAGAACACUUGCAGUUGCAAAAACAUUGCCAAAAAAGUAAUUCCAUUUAAUUAUCGGCAUAUUAUUUUUAAAAGCUAAGUCUAAUCUAAAUUGAAUUGUCCAUCAUAUUAAAGUUUUUUUGCAGUAUGCUAAUAGAAAGCUUAAUACAAAUGCCAUCCCACAGUCCAUCUUUAUCUGUACAUUUACGGAGAAUUCUUAUGGAUUUGGUUACAAAUUUUAUCUCUAAUUUCAUGAUCCCUUCCAGGCAGACUAAACCUUAACAUUAACUUUCAAGUUCAAAUUAUUUAACAUGCAGCAAUAGCACACAAUAUAAAAUGUUAAUUUUGGAUUUGAAUUUUGAUUUCAUUUGCUUAAAUUGUACUGACAUAUGAAUUGAUGUUUAAUGGAAGGAUCCUUUUAGUCUAGUAAUUUUUUUCUUAUAAUCAAUCUCCAAAAGACAUGUUGGUCUUGACAUUAACAACUCUUCAAAGGAAUUGCAAUCAAGUUGUCUGUACACUGAUUAUUUAUUUUACACUAACUCUAAGACCUAUAUAUUUUGGCUUUCACAUAGGUUUUUAUUGAUCGAUCUAAGCUUUUGAGUUAGUCUCUGAAAUUAUACCUCUAGCAACUGCUGGCCAUGUCUACAAGGAGUGCAAGAGACAAUGUACCAUAAACAUGUGAAAUAUUUUUUAUGGUAGCCUCUAUGUCAUUACUCCCUUUAGACCUUAUUGUAACAGUGAGCUUUUAUUACAUUCAACUAUAUUGUCCUGAUUUCUUCAAAUGAAAUCAAGUAAUUGGGAAUUCUGACAUUUUAUGUGUGCUUGCAAUAUUCAAACACAAUUCUGCUGAUACAGUUCAACUGCUUUUAGAGAAAUUCCAGUCUCAUCUGCCCUGAUUGGAUUCGAUCUCAGGGCAUGGAAAUGAAAAAAAUGUAAAGCUACACCGUGUUAGCUAAUUCCUGACACUACAUGGUAUGACAAGAGCAACACAGAAAAUCUGUUUUUGUUGCCAAUCCAGCCAAAUGAGGUUGGAAAAUUUAGAUUUGAUGUUUCAAUUACUAGUAAGUCCUCUAGUGCGUGAACUGAUAUUAUCACUGUUCUUAAGCUGUGAUAACUAAGUAAUCCCAUUGUUUUAAAAAAGAAACAACAGGGGCAUGGUAACUCGGAGUUAGGAAGAGAAAAAUCUGGAUAGAAUUCAUGUUAUGUCAUUUCCAUUAGAAAGUAUGUUUUUCAUGUGACUGCAACUUUACAAUUAGUACAAACUACUUCUACCUCUAGUUUUGACAUUUACCUCUAUUUAGAUGGAAGUUAAACUAUUUUAAAAAAACUUUUAGUUUAUGGUAUGAGUAUCAUUGUAUUUCAUUUACUACAUGCUAGUUCAUUUGGUUAAUUCAUUGUUGGUAGGUUACAAGUUUUAACGUAUUAUAUUUGCACAGUACAUGGAAGAUCAAAGCUGCAUAUUAUUAGAAAGUUUGCACUGUGCUUUUGGUAAAUUGAGGCACUGUGAUAAAUAGUGACUGUGAUAAAUAAUAAACUACUGACCUCUUCUAUUAUAAUUCACUUGUUUAAAUUAGAAUCUACUGUUCAGAAUAACAGAACUAGUUCUGGAAGUUUUCUUGAUUUUAGAUUUCAAGUGCUGGCUUCAAAUAAAUUGUUCAGUGUUAACAAUUUUCAUCCAGUACCUUGGUUAAAUUUUCUGGAAGGAGGCAAGUUUGUAAGUAGAAUUAGUGAUGAUGAUAUCUGUAUCCUCCCAAUUUAUAAGCCGAAGCAAGAAAUUCAAUGAUCUAGUUUUUGCUGAUCUGUAAUAGAAAUUUUUGUUCUAUCUGAAUAGUAUUUGAAAAAAAUAACUAAUGAGAUAACAAGAUAUGGAUAAUGUGCCUAGUUUUAGGAAUACUGUGAAUUAAAUUGAACUACUAGUCCCCUGCAUGUAUACCUUCUGAUCCAAAUAAGAAAGUCAGGAAAAUAUCAGAGGUUCUUUUUGGGUACCAAAGGGAGAACUAAGGUAACAACUUAGUCUGAUGUAUCAAUAAAUAUGCACUAAUGUUUGACUGCUGACAAGUGGAUAAAAUUUCAUCCUUUUUACUUGUACUAAAUGGGCAAAAUAGCAUUGGCAGUAUAUUUUAAAAAUGUAUGAAUAUUGCUGCAUUGCAUGUUUAGUGCGAGCAACCAAGGACAAAUUUUUAGACCAAAUAGUUCAAAAUCAAGUGUUUCCAAAUACCUUUCAUGUCACUUGUAAUAUGUGGAAAUAGGUUGUAUAAAUCAAGAUGGUUAAUUAGUUUAUACAAUGACAACAUUUGAGACACUACAGUGUCCUUCAGUUUUCUUCAGUUGAGAAGGAAAGAAUAUUUGUCAGGGUCCUCUGCCCUCGUUGCUCCUCAGUAAAAUGCUAUUGCCCACAUUACUGAAUCACAUAAAAUUGCAUCUUGUAAAGCUGUUCACUGAGUACAGAACUUGGUUUCAUUUCACUGCUCAGUUUCUUAUGCGACAAUUGACCACUGCAGUGAAGUAUUGCAUUGUUGGGCUAAACAAUGGAUCAAACAACCUGAGGACCUAAGGGUAUGUUUGGACUUCCAGUAGAAAAGGUAAACUGCUUCAGGAAAAAGAUAAUUAGCACACUUUUAACUUAUUAUACUGACGGACCUAUGCGCUCAUUUUGCUUUUUAGGUACAACUUACUUUAAACUACAAACAAGUGACUAUGGUGGUGACUGUGGCCUUGAUUUUAUGCUUGGAACUGACAAGUUUUAUUACCUGAGUAAAAUACCAACUAAAUGAUUGAAUAUAAUUUUCUAUCAAUGGUCUUUGUAAAGGCCCAAAAGAUACCCAGUAGGCCACUAAUGCUGAAACUCAGGCAGUUCUAUAAGUGGUUAUAGUACUAGUUUUAAUUGUUCAAGUUCUGUGAGUUUGCAGAUUUGGAAAGGGCUAUUGUCUUGUCACAAUGUUAUCCGAUUGGUGAAUAAAUCCUUGACUCUGAGGGACUGCUAAAGAAGAAUAUUAUAAUGUUUGAGCAUAAUCAGAUUCAUUUUUGAUCAAUUCAACACCUUCAAAUGACUUUUUUGUUACUUGUUUCUAGAGUGGCAUAUUGGCGCAGCUAGUCAAGUGGCUGCUUCACAGCUCCAACAACCUGGGUUAAAGCUGUGUUGAUUUCCUAAAAUGGAUCAAAUAAUUUGAUUAUAAGAUUAAAUAUCUGAAUUUUACAUAUGGUCCCAGAUCAUCACCUAAACGGUUUCUGAAUACUCCCAGCCAAAGGGCUGGUCUAGUGGUGCAUGAAGCUAUAAAGACCAAAAAAUACCCUUCAGGUUAAAUUCUCAUUUUGUGCUAUUAAUUGGAUUAGUAGUUGGGUCAUUAUUUUGACUUCAUCGCUCGAGAAAUGGAACUGUGACUGAUUUGUUUCCUGGUUGCUGUUUGAAGUCCCCUGCUAUGAAAUGUUAGUGGCUGUUCACAUUUAUAUCUCUAUAGUCAGAAUACCUUUGCAGGUAGGCUGAAAUGUUAGGAGUAUGUACUGACUGAGGUGCCAUUUGCUUCCAAGAUCUGCAGAUCCUAGUUACAAUCUGGAUGGGGAAGGGGUAAAAAAUAUUGGGCUGGAUUGUAUUGACUUUUGCCAACAGUUCCAAUUAGAAAUGCUAGUUUUAAGUUGUUGCAGCUUAGACUUCAGUGCAUGUGCUGUCAAGUGUGGAAGUCUCUAGAUGUGGGAGGCAAAGGGGAAGAUAAAGCAAAAAAAAAUUAAGAGUAACUUAAGUUUUACUGCUGAUAAAGUGCCAGCUCCAGCUUUGCUGUUUGUCUCAGGCGUGUUGGGGGCUUGACCUCCUUACUGAGGCCCACCUGUCGUGACUAUGCCACUGGAAUCUAGUAUGCAGGCAGACAGUGGAAUAUUUCUCUGUAUUCAGCCAAGGUACACGAAAGUGAAGGCUGACUACAGGCACUAGUUCUGGGUGGGGCACUGGACCAGGGUGAUUUGGCCCAUUAUAGAUAUUCUAAAGUUAGAUAAAUUUAAAACAAAAUUUAUAUAUUAAUUAAAUGUCUACUUUUUAAUUCUCAUAAAAAAAAUUUACGAAAAGCAAUGUCAAAUUUCAUUAUUUUGUAUCAAUUUUUUUUCCUGUAGACAUCAAUAUUUGGCCCAACAAUACUGCACUGGUUGGUAGUUUUGACACUGAGCGGUGGAGCCUGCUAUCAGUUUAUACAGGAAAUGUUCUUUUAUGAUCUCCUUAGCUAACUAAGUCAUCUAGAUACUUCUGUGUCACAUGACUGUUAUCCAUAAGGUAAAUAUUUAUGUAAAGGAAAAAUAUUCCUGUUGGCUAGCUUACCAAAAAUAAAGCUGGUAUUUUCUAAGAAAAAGGUUUCUGUGAAAAAUGUGCUUUGAAUGUGUUUCUUAUUAAAGUGAUUCUAUAACUGUGAGAACACAACAUUUGGAAAUUUGGUUGUGACCAGUGGUAAACUUUGUAAUACUGAAACCAAAAUAAAAGGAA